UAUAUAUAUAUAUAUAUAUAUAUAUGGCAUAAUAUUUCGUAGCUGAAUCCUAAUCGCCUGUUAGCAAAAGUAUAUAUAUAUAAUAUAAUAAUAAUAGGGAUUCAAAUCCCCAACCUCAAAGACGCCAACUGAGUCGUCGUCGUCGUUCCUGUCGCCAUUGAUGGAGUCUGUCCCGAAGAAACGGAAAAUAGAAGGAAGAUGCUCUCGUCAGCCUAUCCCUGACGAGCUCAUCUCGGAGGUGCUUGUUCGGCUGCCGGUGAAGUCCCUCCUCCGAUUCCGGUGCGUAUCCAGGACCUGGCGUUCUCUGAUCUCCGAUCCUCACUUAAUUGAAUCCCACCACCGCCGUUCGCAGCAGCACCCCCUCGCUCUCGUCAGAGAAUGGAACUUAAACGGCGACAAUAAGGGCAAAGCAACCUACGUUCCGACCAGGGGAGCUACCCUGCAAAGAAUAUACUAUGAUGUCGCCGGCUUCAACAGCAUCAGCGACAUGGCCGUCAGAGUAUUCUCCUCCUCUCCCGAUCUCAUAUGCAUCCGAGAAGACGGCAGCCGCUGCUCGCUGCUAAAUCCGGCGACGCGGGAGCGGGUGACUCUGCCUGAGUUCUCUUCUGGGAAUACCACCUUUCUUCGCUACGUGGGGUUUGGCUACGUACCAUCCCUCAGGAAAUUCAAGGUCGCCAGGGUCUUCGGCCACGUGGAUAUAGACCGUGGGAGCGGCCGACAGGCAGUGGAAGAGAGAUGCGCGGUGCUCACCGUCGGCGUCGACCGAUCAUGGAGGCCGGCGAGAGGUCCUCCUCCUUUUAUGAUCACGCGGGAUCAAAUGGCGUUCGUCAACGGAGCCCUACACAUGACGCCGAGCACGGAGGAAGGCAAGGGAUUGGCGGCGCUCGAUCUCGAGACGGAGGCGUGGCGGGUGAUUCCGAUGCCGCGCGGCGUCUGCGGUAAGAUCUCGAUCGGGACCUACAACACCGUCAGCCUGAGAGAGCAGCGAGGGUUGCUGUUCCUCGAUCAUCUCCUGGGGGCCGGGAAGGUGGAGGUGUGGGCGCUGAAGGACUACGAGAAGGGAGGUUGGGAGAUGGAGCACCGAAUCGACUUGGGACGCCCGCAGAUCCCGGAGGAAUUCGGCAGGUUUCUGCCGGUGCUGAUCGGCGAAGACGGACGGAUCUUGAUGUACAUAGACUGGACGGCAUAUCUUUGGUACGAUCCGCGAGACCAGAAAUUCGUGCCUUUCUCGCCGCAUGGAAAAUCUCUAGUUUGGCCUUUGCCGCCUCUGGUCCACGUCGAGAACUACCUGCCUUUGAACGGAUGGGAUUAGUUAAUUUCGUAUUAUUAUUAUUAUUAUUAUUAUUAUUAUUAUUAUAUUUAUUAUUAUAUUUAUAUUUUAUUUAAA